AUGGCUAUAAAUAAAAGCUUCUGCCCUGGGAAUAUCCCUAUUGCCAUCCAAAGGUUUCGAAAUGACGAUGAGCUUGCUCGGUUCAAGUUCAAUACUCUUACGCAACCACUAUCCGGCGGCCACUGUCAAAUCUACAGGCUCGGAUUCUCCGACAAUGUCGACUGGGCCGUUCGAAUACCAAUACACCUAAGCUCCUAUUCUAAGGUGGAAAUCGUCUCCGUUCUUAUGACAGAAAUCGAAACCCUCAAACAUCUAGAGGAUUGCCAAUUCCCAUGGUCACCGAAAUUAAUAGGCUAUGACAUGACAUUUGACAACGCUGUUGGGUUUCCAUUUCUCGUUUUAACCUGGAUCCCAGGCGAGCCUUUAAGUUGGACAGCGAUAACCCCGAAGAAACGAGUGGAUCGCGAGAGGGUUCUCGACCAGAUUGCGAAGAUUAUGGUAUCUCUCAUAUCAUGUACACGCAGAGAUGGUGACUCGGCAUUGGAGUACUUCACGAAUAAGAUCGACCAGAAAAUCAUUCGAAUAUGUCAAGGCCGCCUUCCCGAACUCGAAGUCAACCAUUGCCUCCUUUUGAAACGCAUACUCCCAGAGGUCCUACACCCGGAACUAGAUAAUGCUCCGUCGUUCAUCGACCAUGGCGACCUUUCAGCUGGAAAUAUUAUUGUGGACCCGGAGUACAACAUCAAAGGGUGA